AUGGCUCCGUCCCCUCUCCUCCCCCUCCUCCUCCUCCUCGCCGCCGCCGUCGUCUGCCCCCUCGCCGCCGGGCAGCAGCGCAACGUCCAGACCCGCUUCCCCUCCACGCGCACCCCCGCAGUCGCCGUCCCGCCGCCGCCGAUCGUGCCCCCGUCGCCGUCCCCCACCGGCCCGGCCAUCCUGCCCCCGCAGUCCGCCUCCUCGUCGUCCUCCUCCACGAAGCGCAGCGACAUCGCCGUGGCCGUGGUGAGCACGGCGCUGAGCAGCUUCGCGCUCUGCGGCCUCGCCUUCUUCCUCUUCCUCCGCCACGGCAAGAAGAAGGAGCUGACGCACGCCGCCGGCGGGAACGGGCGCCAGGACGCCGCGCUCGCCGGCAAGCUGCCGGAGAGGGCGCCGAAGCGGCCGCCCCGCGGCGGCAUGGUGGACGAGAACGGGCUCGACGCGAUAUACUGGCGGGAGUUCGAGAAGGAGGGCGAGGGCGGCGGCAGGGGCAGGAAGCCCGCGGGGGGCUGGCGCCCGCCGCAGCCACCGCCCCGGCAGAGCCGCGCGGAGAGGUGGCCGGAGGCGCAGGCGUCGCCGGGCCCGUCCCCGCCGCGGCCGAGGAAGGGCAAGAUAGAUCAGGAACCGCUCAUUCCCAGGGGCUCCCUGGACUCCUCCUCCGCCGUGUUCGACGAGUCGCCGCGCCCGCCCAGCGCCAGCUCCAGCUCGUCCUUCUCCGUCGCUGCCCCCGAGGCCUACGCGCGGCCGGCGGCGGCGGCGAUCGCUGUCAGCUCUGUCCCCCGCCCGUCCCCGCCACCAGCCCCUGCCGCCCCACCAAGCGCAUCGGCAUCGGCAUCGCUGGCGCGGCCGCCAGGAAGAGGAAGCCCGCCACCACCACCGCCACCAAUGGCCACCACGUCGCCACCACAAGCUCCUAAAGGCCCACCGCCGCCACCAGCGCCUAAGGGCCCACCUCCUCCACCACCACCCGGAGGCAAGAAGGGAGGGCCGCCUCCGCCGCCUGCCUGGGCGUCGUCCUCGAGGCCACCGGCGGCCCCGGGCGGGCCAUCCGGGGCAGACGACCUGGCGAAGCUGAAGCCGCUGCAUUGGGACAAGGUCAACGUGGCGGCCACCGACCACUCCAUGGUGUGGGACAAGCUCACCGGCGGCUCAUUCAACUUGGAUGAAGGCACCAUCGAGGCCCUGUUCGGCACGGCGGCGGUGAACCGCAAGACGAAAUCCGCGGACGCCAAGGACUCCUCGAGCGGCCUCGGGCGCUCGACCUCGGAGGAGCAGAUAUUCCUGAUUGAGCCACGCAAGUCUCACAACAUCUCCAUCAUCCUCCGGUCCCUCACUGUGGGGCGGGACGAGAUCAUCGACGCGCUGCGUGAUGGCAACACCGAGCUCGGCACUGACGUCCUCGAGAAGCUGUCCAGGCUCAGCAUCUCCAAGGAGGAAGAGGCCACCAUCCUGAAGUUCUCUGGAAACCCCGACAGGCUUGCCCCCGCAGAGGCCUUCCUUCUCCGGCUCCUGCUCGACGUGCCCAACCCGUUUGCCCGUGUCAAUGCGCUGCUAUUCAAGGUAAACUACGCUUCUGAGAUUGCUGUGCUCAAGCAAUCGCUCCAGACUUUGGAGAUGGCAAGCCAGGAGCUGAGGACGAAGGGGCUCUUCUUUAAGCUGCUUGAGGCGGUGCUCAAGGCAGGGAACAGGAUGAAUGCCGGCACGGCGCGGGGGAACGCGCAGGCCUUCAACCUCACAGCACUGCGCAAACUCAAUGACGUGAAGAGCACUGAUGGAGGCACCACGCUGCUGCACUUUGUCAUCGAGGAAGUUGUGCGCGCAGAGGGGAAACGCCUUGCCAUCAACCGCAACUACACCAUCCGUCGCUCUGGUAGCCUCGCCAAGAGCAGCGUCGAUGGCGGAAUUUCAGCAGCUGGCUCCGCUGGCCAGGGGCCAUCACGCGAGGACAGGCAGAACGAGUACUUGAACCUAGGAUUGCCCAUUGUUGGAGGUCUCAGCAGUGAGUUUGCCAAUGUGAAGAAGGCUGCGACUGUGGACUAUGAUGUGACUGCCAAUGAAUGCGCAAUCUUAGGCAACCGACUCGCGGGCAUCAAGAAGCUCCUGGAGACCUGCGGGGACGAUGGAUUCUCAAGAGGGCUGAGAGGCUUUGUCAAUGCUGCGGAGCAAGAGCUGAAGGCACUGAGUGGAGUGCAGGAGAAAGUGCUUGAUCUGGUUCAACGGACAACGGAGUACUACCAUGCAGGUGCUACCAAGGACAGGAACGCGCAUCCCCUCCAGUUGUUCGUCAUUGUGAGGGACUUCCUGGGGAUGGUGGACCAGGCAUGUGUGGACAUCAAGAGAAGACUGCAGCAGCAAAAGAAGCCACCACCCCCAUCAUCACAGCCAACAUCGGCGGCGGCGGCCUCGACGGCCGCUAAGGGGCCAGCUGAAGCAGCUAAGGGGGCAGCUGAUGGUGCUAAGGCGGUAGCUGGUGGUACGGCGGCAGCACCACCGGCUCAGAAACCGCCACCAGAAGAAGCAGAUAGCAAAAGGAAGAGGGUCAUGCCAAGAUUCCCAAACUUGCCAGCGCACUUUAUGAAGGACGGCGCAGACUCUGAUUCAAGUAGUGAUGAGGAAUAG